AUGGACGUGCUGUUCGACCUGUACACGGCCUUUCUGCCGGUGGACCGUAACUCCGUGUCCCACCAGCUUUUCACCUAUUGGCUGAUCCUCAGCACUGGGGGCGUUUUGCUCUACCUCUUCUCCGCCUCACUGUCAACGUUUAUCUUUUUCGUCGAGUUUGAGGAGACGUACUUCCCCCGCACGAUUGACAAGGGGAAGCACAAACAGGAGCUGCGACAACAGAUGAUUCAUGAGAUAUUCAUUGCCGUCACCUCCAUUCCGUUUAUUGCGGUGCUUAUGGCGCCCGCCGCCACUCUCACACAUCGUGGGUACAGCAAAAUUUACUACAACGUGUCUGACUACGGCUGGUCAUACCUCGUUUUAAGCGUCUUAAUGUUCUUUGUAUUCACAGACUUCAUGGUGUACUGGUUUCACCGCGGCCUGCAUCACCCGACCUUGUACAGGUAUCUCCACAAGCUGCACCACACCUACAAGUACACCACACCCUUCUCCUCCCAUGCGUUUAACCCGUGUGAUGGAUUUGGCCAGGGUGUGCCGUACUACAUCUUUACCUUUCUCUUCCCCAUGCACCACUACCUCUUUAUUUUUCUCUUCUUUGCCGUCAACAUGUGGACGGUCUCCAUUCACGACCAGGUGGACUUUGGUGGGCACUUUGUAAACACCACCGGCCACCACACGAUUCACCACGUGCUGUUUAACUACGACUACGGGCAGUACUUCACUGUGUGGGACCGCAUCGGCGGAACCUACAAGCCGGCUUACCAGACGCAUCGUCUUCCGCUAUUCACGAAGGGCGGGCGCGUCGAGGACGACACGGCGACUAGGAAGAAACUGUGA